CUCUGGUUUACAGGGUGAGAGGAGAGAGGGCAGAGAUGGUCAUACUCUUAGCAUGGGGUAGAGUAGGAACAAGGACUCCUCUGUUUUCUGUUUUAUACUUACUAAAUGUACCCAAUGAAAACGGUUUAGAAGCUACUGCCUUUCCUGAGGAGAGCACUUCAUGAGGUAGGGGCUAAUUUAAUCAGCAGAUAAUGUUAUGCAGUUGGAAAUAUAAUAAUGAUGAGGAGUUAUAAGUAAAUUAAGAUGAGUGCUUUUUGAGGUCGGUUCGAUAAUAAAAAAAUUAUAGUGGUUUUCGAUUUCGGUUUCGAAAUCUUUGCAAUAAUUGGGUUAUGGUAAUAUAAUUGAAAUGCAAAUAAUACUGAAUCUAUUUAAAGCACAAUGUUUAAUUUAGUGGCAUAAACUGCAUAGCAAAUAGGCUGAAUAUCCACCAAUCUUUAAAAUAACAGAUGAAUGCAAUAUUUAUUUGGAUGGGGAAAUUUAAAUGAGUGAUUCUGUAAAAAAAAAAAAAGAUGUCCAGUAUCAAUUUUGUUGCAAAUUGAAAAAUGUUAUACCCUGAGAGGACGUCCUAAUUAUGCUAGGAUCAAAUUCUACAAUCAACAACAUCAUAACACUAUGUGAAUCAGGGCCGUAGUUAAGUUAAAGUGCCUUCAGAAAGUAUAUACACCCCUAGACUUUUUCCACAUGUUGUCGCGUUACAGCCUGACUUUAAAAUGGAUUAAAUUGAGAUUAUUUUGUCAGUAGCCUUCAGAAAAUACCUUAUAAUGUAAAAGUGGAAUUAUACAAAUUAAUUUUUAAAAAGUCAUAAAAUAUUUAAAGUUGAAAUGUCUUGAGUCAAUAAAUAUUCAACCCCUUUGUUAUGGCAAGCCUAAAUAAGUUCAGGAGUAAAAAUGUGCUUAAAAAGUCACAUAAUAAGUUGCAUGGACUCACCCUGUGUACAAUAAUAGUGUUUAGAAUUAUUUUUGAAUGAGUACCUAAUUUCUGUAACCCACACAUACAAUUAACUGUAAGGUCCCUCAGUCGAGCAGUGAAUUUCAAACACAGAUUCAUCCACAAAGAGCAGGGAGGUUUUCCAAUGCCUCGCAAAGAAGGGCACCAUUUAGUAGAUACAAUUAAAGCAGACAUUGAAUAUCCAUUUGAGCAUGGUGAACUUAUUAAUUACACUUUCAAUGGUUUAUCAAUACACCCAGUCACUACAAAGAUACAGGCGUCCUUCCUAACUCAGUUGCCGGAGGGGAAGGAAACCACUCAGGAAUUUCAACAUUAAAACAGUUACAGAGUUUAAUGGCUGUGAUAGGAGAAAAUUGAGGAUGGAUCAACAACAUUGUAGUUACUCCACAAUACUAACCUAAUUGACAGAGUGAAAAGAAGGACAUCUGUACGGAAUGAAAAUAUUCCAAAACAUGCAUCCUGUUUGCAACAACACACUAAAGUAAUACUGCAAAAAAAUGUGGCAAAGCAAUUCACUUUUUGUCCUGAAUACAAAGUGUUAUGUUUGGGGCAAAUCCAAUACAACACAUUACUGAGUACCACUCUACCUAUUUCCAAGCAUAGUGGUGGCUGGUUUCAGGAUAAAAAGAAACGUAAUGGAGCUAAGCACAGGCAAAAUCCUAGAGGAAAACCUGGUUCUGUUUGCUUUCCACCAGACACUGGGAUAUGAAUUCACUGUUCAGCAGGACAAUAACCUAAAACACAAGGUCAAAUCUACACUGGAGUUGAUUGCCAAGAAGACAGUGAAUGUUCCUGAGUGAAAAAUCUAUGGCAAAAUCUGAAAAUGGUUGUCUAGCAAUGAUCAACAACCAGCAGCUUGAAGAAUUUUGAAAAGAAUAAUGGGCAAAUGUUGCACAAUCCAGGUGUGGAAAGCUCUUAGAGACUUACCCAGAAAAACUCACAGCUGUAAUCACUGCCAAUAGUGUUUAUACCAAGUAUUGACUCAGGUGUGUGAAUACUUAGUAAAUGAAAUAUUUCUGUUUUUAAUUUUCAAUAAACUUGCUAAAAUGUCUAAAAACUUUUUCACUUCAUCAUUUUGGGGUAUUGUGUGUAGAUUGGUGUUUAAUCCAUGUUGAAUUCAGGCUGUAACACAACACAAUGUGGAAUAAGUCAAGGGGUAUGAAUACUUUCUGAAGGAAUAGUGAGGACACCGUGGUCUGGACCUCUGUAAUUUUUUCUAAUUAAAAAUAUAUAUAUAUAAAUGAGUCUAGUUAGUUUAGCCAGCUAUCUGAACUUUUAGUAAUCAUGGCCGAAUUACGUGCCCAGGGACCCUGACCUCCAGGGGGCCCCCAUUGAUUUUAUUAGUCACUCUCACUCAGAUAUCAUAUCUCUUAAAUGUAAUCUAAAAUGUAAUCUAUGUAAUCUCCAAAAGUAAUUAUUUAUCAUUAGAGGGCUAUAAACAAUAACUAGUAAUGAUGCAUACUCCAAGAACGGUUAAAAUAUCACCUUUCUGAUAAAAAUAGUUAUAAAUUGCUGAGGUGUAAUCACUUUUGAGGACAUAAGCUCAAGUACACAAUAGAAAUAUGAUAAAAAUAUGAUUCUUAUUUUGUCUGUAUUUCCUAUUCAACAAAACUGUGUGAUAAGGCUUGAAAUAUAGUAUAAUUAAAUUAUAAAACGAAUAACUAUAAGAUUUCACCUUCCUUAUUACUGUAAAAAUAUAUAUUUGUAUGUCUAGUGUUAGAGAAAAUGUGCAGGACUCUCUUGAUCAAAACGUCUGCCCCCUCCGCUGUGAACGUCACACGAGAGAGCUCUAGCUUGGCUUCCUAAACUCGUUAGGAACUCGCCUUUUAUCUUAUUAUUGUCUGUCUAGGACAAACAGAAAGUGUUUUUUGUUUAAAAACUAUUCAUAUUUUUAGAUUACUGUGAUAAAGUUGGUUAUAAAUCGAUCUCUGAAUGUGCUCGAGCGACGAAACCGCUCUAUCCUGCUGCGCUACGAUUUAAGGAUUUUAAGGCAUGUGCUUUGUUAGUGGCUGUGAUGUAUGGUCUAGCUAGGAGUUGCUGGACAGUCAGAAGAGCGAAUAAUGGUAGGAGGGACGGCCCAGCUUCAAGUGGUGUCAGAUUUCACAUCUUAAACAAAGAUUAUGGAUAUACUGACAAGAUACAUGUCUCUCCGCCCUAACAGUGGGAGUCGUUGUCCACAAAGCUACGCGGUGGGCUGGCUAGAUCCCGCCUAUCCUUUCUUUGGAUUGGUGGAUACAUCUCAUUAUUGUAAUCUCGUUUUAAAUUCGAUUAGGGUUGCUGACGUCACCGUCUGUAUUCAAUGGAGACAGAUACUACGCUACUAGCCUCAUGCAAUGAAUAUGCAUAGCCAGCUCGAGACAAUUCCCAUAUAAGGUGCUUUUUCUCAAAAUUGCCGGGAUGUCACGUGUCCUACUUAUAUCAAUACACUCAUAACAACUUAAGCAUUAGGAAACUAUUAUUCGAUUAAAUAAAACUCACGUAUCAAAUAAGCCAUUAUUUUUUUGGGUUGACCAAAUUCGACACUCUUGGUGGGCGAAACAACGUAAAACGCCACCUGCUGAAGGGAGACAGAUUUUCCGCCGAGUUGGGCCUCUCUAUUCCUCUUCAUCUCUGUCCUAAAUUACACAAGCGGAAGAGAUACACUCAUAAAUCCUUGAUAACCAGGGCUACCGCUCGAUGCAAGACAUUUCGAUUAAAAUUUCCUCAGAUCCAUUUUAUAAGCGAAAAUGUCGAAACGGUACCAGAACCACGCAGAUCCUAUAUACAGGGGAUUUAUAUCUUUAACAUGGCAUAAAUCAUGUCAAAAUGUGUAAAAUUACAGGAAAUUAGCUUUUAAAACUGCAAACACUUCUCCCCACCCCAUGGCAAAAUGUGUAGAAUUGCAGGAAAUUAGCUGUAAAACUGCAACAAAAAGUUCUGUAAAGCAAAACAUAUUUGUUUACCUUUUGUUAAUAAAAUAACAAAUAUUCUAACAGAUCCCUCAGUACAUAUUUACGUUUUUAAUCCCGGUGCUGUUAAUGUGAGUUAAUGUAGUGGCUAAUUGUAUAGCUAAUAGGCUAUGUGUUUGUCGAUCAACUGAGGUAAAUGAAGCUACAGCAACCAAUGUGAUAAUGGCUGGGUUCAUUUUUGCCUGUAUUUGCUGUUCUCCAAAUAGCAUUUUAGAUUUUUUUUAAAAUUGUAUAGAAAUGCAAUAAAUUGACUUAAACUUUCAAAAAAUAUCCAUCCACCCCCUCUUGACCUCACUCAAACUCAGACCCUGCCUACGGCCCUGAUGGGAAUAGAUUUUUAUGGUUUGGAUUUGUAUUUAAGGUUCAAAUGUAUUUAUAUAUUAAUGAUUGGGGUGCCCUUGGAGACAUUAUAACUAAUUAUAUACAUUAUUUAUUUCGUCCUAUUUACAGCUUGAUCAAAAUGAAGGCACUUCUCAUUGCUGCUAUUCUCUUGGUUGGACUAUUGGCAAUGGGCAGCGAGGCCAUUCCAUCAAACCGCUGGUCCUGCUACAAGAAAGUCUUGAAGGACAGGGACUGUCGCAAUAUCGGCAUCACCAACGGAGUUGCGACCAUGCGACCCAUCGAUUCCCUGCAGAACCAUUUCUGGGAGGGGAACAAAUGCGACAUGGUGUGCUACUGUAACUUCAGUGAGCUUCUCUGCUGCCCAAGGUACAGAAAUUCCAUUCUCCGCCAGUAGGCGGCGCCCAUCAUCAGCACACAUACACAGUCUAUGUUAAUACCGUUCUGGGACAGUGGAUGGCUCUGUGGUACUGUUAUGUGCACUGGAGGCCGAAUCGAGGCCGGCGGGCAGUUAGGCGCCAAUUAUAGUUGGGAACGAAUUGGAUCCAGUCACAGGCUGCCCAGUGAACACUGCCUACAUUGUGGUUAUCAUAAGCCACCUAUUAAUACAGUCAGGCACGUGUGCCUGCUGCCCUGCAGUGAGCUGUGGUGUGGAGUUGACUUCUGUUUCUUUCACUGGUCAGUUAAAAGGUCGUUCAUGCUGUUUUUACGUCAUCUCCUUUGCUCAUGUAAUGCAAAUACACUAUGGCUAGGCCUAUACAUGUUGGCUCUGUUUUUAGUCAGCUGUUGAGUACAGAGAAGUGUUUUUCCUUUAAAAGGCACUAUAUGCUUGGAAUCCAAACUCGGAGUUAAUCAGUUUGCGAACACAGUUUAUCCGUUUAUCAAUUGAAAAGAAUGCCAUUCUUGACUAGAUGCUUCCUUCAUUAACUAGGCCAUUUUCUCCUGAACCACAUGGUCCAUCCACUAGAAACUCAUGGACAGCUUACCAUAGCCUUGGAUUCCAGGCUAAUAGGGCAAUAUACUAAACACAUGUUUUUAUUUUUAUGUUGUUCCAGGGAUGUCUUCUUUGGACCCAAAAUCUCCUUUAUAAUUCCAUGCAAACCCAUCUGAGCCAUCAGUCGUUUGAAUGGACAGUGAACACGGACGGUGCAAUCUUCUGAAUGGAAACAAUGAGAGAGUAAAUGGGGCCAAGGGUGAUGGGCCCAUCCAAUCCAGACAGGGUUACAUGCAUUUCAUUCUUCACUUCAAGACUGCUACACAACUACAGAUUCAGAAGGCUGGACCUAAAGCAAAAGCACAAGCUUUGAAGCUGGAAAAAAUGAGGCCCCCCCUUUCACAAUACUUGGGCCUACAAAUAAAAUGCAUUAUUUUCAGUUUCAAAUACAGCAGCUAGUAUAUUUAUUAUCUGUGAAGACAAUUCAAUAAAUGCAGCCUGUGUCCCUCCUUUGCCAAGGCUACAGUUCAACACUUGUAUAUCUGACUUGGCAGACCCUUACUUUGGCAUUCGCAAUGAUGUGACACUCCCCCAUUAUCUACGCCCAAACGUAAACAGAUCUCACUAUUUGGCAAUAGUAGUAGUUAUUGUACAUCUAAAACUAUUAUUCAAUAGUAAAUACUAUGCCAUUCAUGAGAGACAUUCCAUUUUAUAUUCAAGGCUAUUAAAUGCAGUAAAUGUCCGCAGGAUCAUAAAAUGUGAUGUUGUGAUUUACAUUUACAUUUUAGUCAUU